AUGACAGUUCACGAGUCUUCCUGUUCGCUUGUUGCUAGAGGACGUUGGUGUCACGCAGGAGAGGGGCUCUUCAGGUCGUUUUUUUAUUGCCUGUAAAUCAAGAAAAGAAGCAACAGAAACAAAAUGUUUGCCCGUGCCGUGAAACCUACUGUGAGCCUCGCCCGCAGCUUGUCCACCUCGGCGCAGAACAACGCUAAGGUGGCGGUGCUUGGCGCGGCCGGCGGCAUAGGCCAGCCGCUAUCCCUGCUGCUCAAGAAUAGCCCCCUGGUGAGUCACCUCUCCUUGUACGAUAUUGCCCACACCCCCGGGGUGGCUGCAGACCUCAGCCACAUCGAGACAAGGGCCCAUGUUACCGGCCACAUGGGUCCCGACCAGCUCGAUGCUGCACUGAAGGGCUGCGAUGUCGUGGUGAUCCCCGCCGGUGUGCCCAGAAAACCAGGUAUGACCCGCGAUGACCUCUUCAACACCAAUGCCACCAUUGUAGCCACCUUGGCCGAUGCCUGCGCCCGAUACUGCCCCGAAGCUAUGAUCUGCAUUAUCGCUAACCCUGUCAACUCCACCAUUCCCAUUACAUCAGAGGUCAUGAAGAAGCACGGAGUGUACAACCCCAACAAAGUGUUUGGUGUCACUACCCUGGACAUUGUCAGAGCAAACACCUUCGUGGCAGAUCUUAAAGGCCUUGACCCAGCUCGUGUCAAUGUACCAGUCAUUGGAGGUCACGCUGGGAAGACCAUCAUUCCCCUCAUUUCCCAGUGCACCCCCAAAGUAGAGUUCCCAGCUGAUCAGCUGGCCGCCCUGACCGCCAGGAUCCAGGAGGCUGGCACAGAGGUCGUGAAGGCCAAGGCCGGAGCUGGAUCUGCCACCCUGUCCAUGGCCUAUGCUGGUGCCCGCUUCGCCUUCUCAGUCCUGGAUGCCAUGAAUGGAAAAGAGGGUGUGGUGGAGUGCGCCUAUGUCAGGUCUGAGGAAACAGAGUGCAAGUAUUUCUCUACACCUCUCCUUCUGGGGAAGAACGGCAUUGAGAAGAACCUCGGACUGGGCAAGCUGUCUGCCUUCGAGGAGAAGCUGGUGGGUGAUGCCAUGGAAGAGCUGAAGGGUUCCAUCAAGAAGGGCGAGAAUUUCGUGGCUAACAUGAAGUGAACAGUGGGCAUGUAGGGAACUGAAAACAGCAACUGUAAUUGCUAAUUUGUUCUGUCUUAAUUUAAAAGGCAUCUGGGUAAAUCUCAAGAUCUGUCAGUGUUUCCUCUUUUUGUUUUUGUUUUAGCAGUGUGGUCAUCUAAAUUCAAUGAUCCAGAUUUUGAUCCUGAUCCUAUGUAUUACCCUUUUACAAACAUGGCUUUAUCUUGCACAUCUGUGAUUUAUGUACAUAGUGUACUGUGACAUUACUGUAUUUUGCAAAGCUCAAACAAAUUCAUAUAUUUUCAUGGAUGAUCUGUAAUAUUGGGGAUUUCUCUGCAGAAUGAAUGAGGAGGAAAUGCUGUCAUCAUGCCUGUCGAUGCAAGUAGAUGUUACUGAUGAGCAAAAUAUUCACUCCAUCAAUAAACAGUUUAGCUUUAAAAGUGA